GAGGAGGGGUGAUCUCCUAACAAACAGCUGUUGCAGCUGCAGAGAGGAAAAAGGAGAAAGCUCAGGAGCAGCAGAAGAAAUUCGACCCUUGCAACAGCUUUACCAUGAACAUGUACCUGUUUGUGUAUGACUUAAUGCAAUUCUGUGGACAUUCAUGGAUAUUUACAAAUAUGAUCAUCAGGUUCAUGACAUUUGGAAAAGAUUCGUUGGCUGACACAUUUUACUCCAUAGGACUUGUAAUGCGUGUUUGCCAAUUGUUAUCUAUACUGGAGAUCCUGCACAUCCUCACUGGCAUUGACAAAAGCCGUCUCUUCCCCAGGUUUUUGCAGAUCACUGAGAGAAUAAUUGUUUUAUUUGUCGUGAUCAACAGUCAGGAAGAAGUUCAAGGGAAAUAUGUCGUGUGUGUUUUAUUUUUCCUUUGGAAUUUAUUAGAUGUGGUCAGAUACACUUACAACAUGUUGGCAAGGAUGGGAAUAUACUACCUACCAUUGACAUGGCUCAACUUCUCACUGUGCAUCCCUCUUUAUCUCCUUUCAGUUCUGGCUAAAGCAUUUGCAAUUUGUGUAUCACUGCCUUAUUUUGAAUAUUUUGGCACAUACUCCAUCAAGCUACCAUUUCCACUCGCCUUCUCAAUCUACUUCCCCUAUGUUCUGAAAAUGUACCUGCUAGUGCUCUUUACAGGUAUGUGCUUUAUCAUCCAGAACCUCUUCUCCGAGAGAAAGGCACACCUAGGGACAGGCAACAUCAAGAAUAAAAGAAGCUAAAUCGAUAUUUUGUUUCAAAAUACAAAAUAUGCUCCUAGUGGACCGCUGUAUAUCAUAGGUUAAAAAGAAACUGGACAAAGAUUUUCCAAUGCAACACUCCUCUUUGCAUGUACAUCAUCUGGCUGUGUACAAUUUUCAGAAAGGCAGGUCUCUUGAAUGCACCUCAAAAAUGGAGCAACUUUGGAAAACUUUUGAAAGUUUUGACUAAAAAUUACUGGAGUUUUUAAUAUUAAUAUAUUUUUUCUAACAUACUAGAGAAUUCUGAACAAACUGAACAGUGCCUCCACUCACAGUCACACCAACAACCCUUAUUUCAGUAUUAAUUCUUACCUCAUUGGCAACAAAUACUCUGUAAUGACAAUUACCAUUUAAUCUGUAAGAUUACUUUAUAUUAGGCCAACAUGUAUGUGCCUGAUAUAUAAAAGUUAAAAAGGCUGGAACUGGAAUCUCUCAAGGAGAAGCCAGAACCAUUGCAACCUAUGACUGACAUGCUGAUUAGCCCCAGGCACUCACAUUCUGGCCCAUUCUUCACUUAACAAAAGAAGAUUCCAGUACAUGCAGCUAAACCAGAAAGGCAAGUGAUCAGGUACUCAAGUACUAUAUAUUCAAGGGGAUAUUUAAGGAUCAGAAAUAAAUACUUAUGAUCAUGUAUCUGCCAUGUCUGCCUCUUUCCCCUCAAUGAUUUUCUUCCAUGCUGAACAGCAGACAGAUGUGUGCAAAAGAAGCGGGAUGCAGUCAGGCCAAAUACAUGUUGCUCUUUAAAGGGAACUGAAUGACUACCAAAAACCAUGUGCAAAAUUCUAGGCAUUUUACUCAAUUGCAUUGCUCCUUGUACUUCUGCAGGACUAUCUGUGAGAAUGCAACUAGAUCAUAGGCUCUUCAGAGGCUGGGAAUUAAGAAUACAACAGCAACACAGUGGAUUGUACAGGCAAAAAUAGCCAAAUAACUCAUUUUGGCUGGCAGGGGCUUUUCUGAUGUUUUAUUUGUAUUGAUUAUCACCUGCAUUUCAAUUCAAAUAGGUGGGGCAGAAAAGUGAGGCUAAUUUUUUGAGCUUGACUGAAAACUGUGGGGAGGGAGGCAAGAUAAUAGUAGGAGAGAAUAUAAAAGGAAAAUAAACACUAUCACAGUAUGAAGAGGCUUUUGCCUGUAAGACUUUUUAAACCACGUAGCCUAGGAAGUUCUAUAAGGAAACAGGGAAGCUAAACUAAAGUGUUAUGAAAGGUCACCUACUAUAAUUUUUAUAUAUUUAAUAUCUGUGGCAGGCAAUGCCUGUAGACUAUUGUGACCACUCAGUAUUUGCAAACCAUAAGCAACAAGAUCAUGCAUGCAAUAGUAUAGGGUCAACCAUGGAUUCUUUUUUUUCAAAGCACUGGAAACAGACGGGAAUUCGGAACUUACUAGACAAACAGAAGUACUUCCACUUUGGACUUCUGUCUAACCCAAACUGAUUCCAGUGUGAACAACGUGAAGAAACAUCUAGAACAACUGAAUAAGAUGACCGUUUUGAAGAGGAUAGCCAGAAUAAAUCCAUAUCAAACCACUAUAUAACUUUGAAACAUGGACAUUAUCCCCCUUGGAAAUUCAAUCUAAUAUGUUUGUUAUCAAACUACCUGGAGUUAACAUACCCUAUAGGAGGAAACAUCACAUAUGAUAUUGUAUUGGGUCUAUGUGGCAAGGCUUUGGUAAUGGAGAAGCUGUAGGAAUGGCCUCCAUGAGAAGCCAUGGGCCUCCCCCAUGCCAGAAACAGAUGGUUCUAGCCAGUUCCAAAAUUGAGCCACUGCAGGACACUGCUGAGCCAAACAGGAAAAAUGAUGGCAUCUCUGUCAACAUGUACAUAAGAAAAGGUAAAAAAAUGUUAUGCAGCAGGUGUGAGAAAAAAGAGUAAGAAAAAUGUGAGAAACAGCUCUGCAGACACCAAGGUCAAUGGAGAAGAGGAGCUGCUCCAGGCACUGCAGCAGAUUUCCCUGCAGGCCAUGGAGAUCAUGGUGGACCAGGUUGUCCCUCUGCUGCCCAUGCUGAAACACGCUAUACAGGAGAUAUCUACACUGCAGCUUGGGGAGGACCCCAUGCUAGAGCAGGUGGCUGUACCCUGAAGGAAGUUGCAGCCCAUGGAGAGCCCACACAAGAACAAGUUCCUGGUAGGAACUGUGGCCCAUUAGGGACCCAGGCUGAAGCAGCCUUUUCCUGACGGAUUGUACCCCAUGCUAGAGCAGCGCUUGAAGAGCUGCAGCUUGUGAGAAGGAACCAUCAAGGUCUGUAUCUCACGGGAGGGACCCCAUGCUAGAGCAGGGGAACAGCAUGAAGAAAAACAAACAGCAGAGAUGAAGGUUUAUGAACCAAGUGCAACUCCCAUUCCCUACCCACCUUGUACUGCUUGGGGAGGGAGGAGGUAGAAGAUUCAGGAAUGAAAGAGUAAAGCUAACCCUAGGCAGAACGGAGGGGUGGGGAGAAGGCAAUUUUAGUUUUGUCUUUCUUAGCAUCCUACUCUAUUUUUAACUGGCAAUAAAUUAGUCUUCCACAAGUUGAAUCUGGUUUUCUGAUAGUGAAUGGUAAAUUAUCUCCCUGUCUUGACCCACGAACUUUCUCCCCGUCCUGAUAAGUUGUUGGAGUGAGAAUGGACAUCUGGCAGCCAGUCGAGGUCAAACCUACCACAGAUUAAACCAUGUUUAUUGCUUUAUGUUAAAAAACUGUUCUGUCACUAAGUCUUGCAGCAGGCUAAAAGGCUAGAAUAGGAAAAGGAUUCUUUGAAAUUGACUAUGGGGAGGACUCCUGUAGGCAUAGGCAUGCUUUUGGAAGAAUUCGUAAGGGGAAACUAGAACUUGCUGUUCCACUUAGGAAGCUUUUCUCCCUAUCCCUUCUGCAUUUCAGAGAAAGCUGCAGGGAGAGCUGUGAGUAAGCUCCCUCUGGAAUGCAGGAGAGAUUAGGUUCACAGACAUGUACAGGGCCUCCUCGGGCCAGAGAUGGCAGGGGAGGAGAAAGAGAGCAUAAAAAAAGCCCUGGAAGAGCAGGGGAGCCUUUUCUCUGAGGUCCAGUGCUGUCCUGCAGCACUGUGAGGUUUUUGUAAGUUUUUUGCGUCCUUGCCUUCAAAAUAAACCUUUCUGAAUCCUUUCCACUGCCUUGGCAUUUUUGGGUAAAGUAUCUGCACAUAUUUUACCUUACAGCCCCCAAACCCAAACUGCAAGAAGAAGGCAUGAACCUAAUGUCAGAAGACUUCCCCACCUCCUUCUGGUACAGAGGUAACUUGGGGCAGGCAAUUGGGAGAUCCAGGCAGUCAGACUUCCAUGUGUGACGACAGCAGGCCACUGUACCUUCAGCUCCAAUGCCUCACCUGAGUUUCUGGGAAAGCUCUGGAUUGGGCAGGCAAAAAGAUGUUUAAGACAAUGGCUUUUAUGGCAAAGAGUUGUACUUCAAUGAUUGUAGCCUGUUAGAGAGGGAUGGGAUCCACCUGUCUAAAAAGGGCAAGAGAAUCUUUGGCAGUUUAUGCCAUUAUGUUCUCCUGGGGCGUAGGCAUGGCAGGAUGGGUCGACAAGGGGAGAGCAGUGGAUGUUGUCUACCUUGACUUCAGCAAGGCUUUUGACAUCGUCGUAGGUAAGCUCAGGACAUGUGUGUUAGAUAAAUGGACAGUGAGGUGGAUGAAGAACUAGCAAAGCUCAGAAGGUUGUGUUCAGCGAAACAUAAUCUGUUUGGAAGCCUGUAGUCAGUGGCAUUUCCCAGGGAUCAAUACUGGAUCCAGUCUUAUUCAACUUGUUUAUCAACAAGCUGGAUGAAGGUAUCAAAUGCACCCUUCAGCAAGUUUGCUGAUGAUACAAAGCUGGGGGGAGUGGGUGAUAAACCUGGAAGCUGUGCUGCCAUUCAGCAGAACCUUGAUAGGCUGGAGAGUUGGGCAGAGAGAAAACUAAUGCGGUUCAACAAGGGCAAGUGUAGGGGCCUGCACCUGGAGAGGAAUAACCCCAAGUACCAGUAGAGGCUGGGGGCUGAACUACUAGAGAGCAGCUCUGCAGAGAAGGACCUGGGAGUCUUAGUGGAUGAUAAGUUAAACAUCAGCCAGCAGUGAGUUCUUGUGGCCAGGAGGGCCAAUGGUAUCCUGGGGUGUACUGGGAAGAGUGUGGCCAGCAGGUCGAGGGAGGUGAUCCUGCCCCUCUACUUGGCCCUCCAUACUUGAGGAGAAUUGUGUUCAAUUCUAGACUCCACAGUUCAAGAAAGACAAGGAGCUACUGAAGAGGGGCCAUCAGUGGGGCCAGAUCAGGGGUCUGGAACAUUUCUCUUAUAAGGAGAGACUGAGGGAGCUUGGCCUGUUUAGUCUGGAGAAGACUGAGAGGGAAUCUCAUCAAUACAUAUAAAUAUCUCAAAGGUGGAUAUUAAAAAGAUGGUGCCAGAUUCUUUUCAGUGAUGCCCAACUACAGGACAAGAAGCAACGGCCAUAAACUAAAACACAAGUUCCCCCUCAACAUGAGGAAGAACUUCACAUUGAGCAUGGCAGAGCAUUGGAACAGACUCCCCAGGGAGGUCAUGGAGUCUCCCUCUCUGGAGACAUUAAAAACCCAUCUGGAAAUCUGCUUUUGAGGACUUAGAGAUCCACAAGUGUUGGUCAGUCUUUAAGAACCACCCUUUAGAAGCACAAGAGCAGGCAAUCACACUGUACCAAAAGUCAAGCAAGAAGGGCAGAAGAGCAGCUUGGCUGAACAGAGGACAUUACUAACUAGCUCCCUAAAGCACUUUAGAUUUCCUCUCUUGAAAUCCAGGGUAGCAAUUUUGAUGACCUUUUUUCUCAUUUACACCAAAAAAUUUAAACUGAACCAUUUCAUGGUCACUGUGGCCAAAAGAGACAUCUACCAUCCCAUCUCCCAUGAGUCCUUCUCUAUUCACAAACAAGUCAGGGGGGGCAUCUUUCCUAGCUAGCUCACUGAAUACUUGUGAGAAGAAAUGAUCUUCAGCAUAAUUCUGGAACUUCUCAGACUUGCUUGUCGCAGUUGUGUGAGAAGUUGAAAUUUUCCAUAAGGACAAGUGUUGGAGGUGCCCCAAGAAAGUCCUAUGAGUGGUGGAAGAGACUUAAUGAGGAGAGAUCAGAGGAAGAGGAAGAAAACAUCUCAGAGUGCACCUAUGCCGUCAUGCACAAGAUAUGAUCAUCAUAAUCACGAGAGUGCCUAUUUCCAGUGUUUUACUUAGUUAUACAAUUGUUCCCUUGUUGGCAUAUGUUUUAUUAUGAGAAUGUGUGAUUCCCUUCUCUGUACCCCUGUUACCUCUUCUCCUAUUGGUUCUAUGUAAACCUUUUCCUUAUUUGUCCAACCCUGCUGCAUUGCAGUACUCCCCAUAGAUGGUUUUUCAUUUGUCCAUGUUUAGAUAAGUUCCACCCCUGUUACUGUGAUUGGCCACUCCUUGAAUACUUCUCCCAGUCUCCACCCUUUGUUCUAGCAAGUUCCCUACUCUCCCUUUAUAAGCUAGUGUCCAUGUUCAAUAAACGGCCAUUUUGUGUC